GUUGCUGAUGGUGUUAAUGCAAUCCUGGUUGGGAAGAUAGGAGGCUUUGAAAACCCACUUGCUCUGGUUGGAGGUAACUGUUCUAUUCAGGGAUUUGAUGUGGAUGGCAAUGAUGAGUUCUGGACGGUAACUGGUGAUAAUGUAUGUUCUUUGGCUCUAUGUGAUUUUAAUUCAGAUGGUCAAGAUGAGCUGCUUGUUGGAUCUGAAGACUUUGAUAUCAGAGUGUUCAAAGAGGAUGAAAUUAUUGCAGAAAUGACAGAAACAGAGGCUGUUACAUCAUUGUGUCCAGUAAGAGAAACCAAGUUCGGCUAUGCACUUGCUAAUGGAACAGUAGGAGUGUAUGACAAAACAGCCCGGUACUGGAGAAUAAAGUCCAAGAACCAUGCCAUCAGUAUAAGCAGUUUUGAUUUAGAUUCUGAUGGAGUACCUGAGCUCAUAACAGGAUGGUCCAAUGGAAAGGUUGAUGCUAGAAGUGAUAGAACAGGAGAAGUUAUCUUCAAGGACAACUUUUCAGCAGCCAUCGCUGGGAUUGUAGAGGGAGACUAUCGAAUGGAUGGCAAGGUAGAACUGAUAUGCUGCUCUGUCGAAGGAGAAGUUCGAGGGUAUCUUCCUGCAACCCAAGAAAUGAAGGGCAAUCUAAUGGACUGUAACAUAGAACAAGAUGCCUUGAGAGAUCUUGCACUGAGGAAACAAAAUCUGCUGCUGGAAUUGAAGAACUAUGAAGAAAAUUCAAAGGUUGGUAAAGGAGUAUCAGACGUUGACCAAUCACAGAUGGGUAUUAUCCCAGCAAACACACAACUCCAGACGUCCCUUCUAGUGAAUCCAGGCAGUGAGCAAGUCCAACCACAUGUAGAGCUGUCAAUCUCAACCACCAAUGACACCAUCAUCCGAUCAGUGAUGAUAUUUGCUGAAGGAGUGUUUGAAGGUGAAAGCCAUGUUGUUCAUCCAUUACCUCAGAAUACCAAGUCCACAAUGAGCGUCCCUAUCUACCCACCUAAAGAUGUAUCAGUUGACCUACACAUCAAGGCAUUUGUUGGCAACAAAACAAGCUCUCAGUUUCAUGUCUUUGAGCUAACUCGACAACUUCCAAGGUUUACUUUAUACAUCCCAUGUCCAGAAGGUUAUGCUGAGCCUCAGUCUACUGUCUCCUUUCAUAUUAAUGAGAGAGUCAACAGGACUAUAAUGUGGCUGAAUCAGAAUUUCCUUCUGACUGAAGAAAUCCAGCCAAAGAAUGGUUCUCUUGACGUGAUGUUCCUGUCCUUGAGGACUGGCAACCCUUUGGUAAUACGCAUGGAUCAAAAUGGAGAUAUGGUAAUUAAGACAGAUGAUAUGGACCUUGCUGGAGACAUUAUACAAGCAAUGGCUGAUUUCUUAGGGAUUGAGGAUCUGCAUGCAACUGCUGACUUCCCCGCACACAUGGAGGAACUUAGAGCUGUUCUUGUCAAGGUGGAUGAGUUACACUCCGUGAGGCAGAAACUAACCGCUGAGAUGGCGGACCACUCUAAUCUUAUUCGUAGUUUGGUUGUACGAGCAGAGGAUGCAAGGCUUAUGGCUGAUAUGAAGAACAUGCGUAAAGGCUACAUGGAAUUGUACGACUUAAACAGAGAUUUAAUAAACGGCUACAAGAUAAGAUGUAACAAUCAUACCGAACUGCUGGCCUGUUUGAAAACUGUCAAUCAAGCCAUACAGAAGGCGGGAAGACUUAGAGUCGGUAAACCCAAAGCUGAGGUGAUCUCUGCCUGCAGACAAGCCAUCAAAACCAACAAUGUUAAUGGACUGUUUAAAAUCAUCAAGGCAGGGGUGCUGUAGAAAAACAGAUGAACUAGUUGUAUUAACUUAAUUUAUUAUUUAACUUAUCAAAUAUACUACGUUAACCGAAGAAAAAAAUACACUAGUUACAAUCUCUAAAAUAAUUUUAAUUUGCUUGGAAAAAAUCCAUUCAAUAUUAAGGAACAAUUGUCCAACCAUUGAAACUUAUUUCCUUCUAUUUGAGCUCUACUGCAAAGAAUCCAUUUAACUGUGCGGUUGAAAUGCAGUUCCUUCAGAUGUGAGGGAGAAAGCCUGUUAAAAAAGCCAUGGAUUUGAGUUUUCAUUGCCUUAUGCAGUAAACCCUUCAAGUAAAAGUAAAUAUUAGAAAUAUUCUUAGCAUGUAGAUAUUUUCCGAUACUGAUUUAACCAGAUAUUAAUAUAUAUUAUCGUAUUUUAUAUUUGUUCAUACUUGUGUAGAGUGAAGGCAUUUAACCGGCCGUGAAUUAAAAAUUAUUAGUCAACGUGUAAUAGUCAAAUAGACACAAAAGAAAACAAUGGAAUUAAGAUCUGUGUUAGUCUAAUAUCUAAUUCACGGUUUUAAUGACCACUCUAUUUGUCACACACACACAAAAACUGUAAAUAGAUUUACAUUGAGUGAUGGUGUGUUAUAAAGCGUACGUAAUAGAACAUCAACAGUUA